AUGGAACGGUUUUUACGACUCGGUGGUCUUGGUGGUCUCAGCGGUUCACAGUUUGGAAGUGCCAGUCCGGUGGACAGUAAUCAAGUAGAUACAUCUGAAACAGUCUAUAUAUCAUCAUUGGCUUUACUCAAAAUGUUGAAACAUGGUCGUGCAGGUGUACCUAUGGAGGUUAUGGGUUUAAUGCUAGGAGAAUUUGUGGAUGAAUAUACAGUAAACGUUAUCGAUGUGUUUGCAAUGCCACAGUCUGGCACGGGAGUGUCAGUAGAAGCAGUGGAUCCAGUUUUUCAAGCUAAAAUGUUAGACAUGCUGAAACAAACAGGACGACCAGAAAUGGUCGUUGGAUGGUACCAUUCACAUCCAGGAUUCGGCUGUUGGUUAUCAGGUGUUGAUAUUAAUACGCAACAAAGCUUUGAAGCUCUUUCAGACAGAGCAGUUGCUGUGGUAGUCGAUCCAAUUCAGUCUGUAAAAGGAAAGGUAGUAAUUGAUGCAUUUCGAACGAUUAACCCACAAUCUAUAGCACUUAAUCAAGAACCGCGUCAAACCACGUCAAAUCUUGGACAUUUGCAAAAACCGUCUAUUCAAGCAUUAAUUCAUGGUCUCAAUCGGCACUACUAUUCAAUACCAAUCAAUUACCGAACCCAUGAACUUGAGCAAAAAAUGUUAUUGAAUCUAAAUAAACAAACUUGGAUGGAUUCACUCGGCUUGGAACAUUUCUCUGAUCACUGCGAAAAAAAUCAAGCAUCCAUGCAAAAAAUGUUAAAAUUGGCGAAGCUUUACAGAAAAGAUCUCGAAGAACAGGAAAAAAUGACAGAAGAACAGCUUGCUGUUAAAAAUGUGGGCAAACAGGAUCCGAAGAGGCAUUUAGGUGAAACAGUGAACGAAAUGCUUGCUGACAAUAUUGUGCAAAGUCUUGCUUCCAUGCUUGAUACAUCGUCUUUCCAAUGA